AUGGAAACCAACAAGCUUAGAUUGCUUUUUUUGUAUGUAUUUUAUCUUGCUAUAUUCCCUACCUUUGAAGCUAACAUAAUUCACUUCGACCAACACUGGCAACGACGAUCUAAUGAAGCCACAAAGGCUGCACAUAAGGCUUAUCAGUUAAACCCUCAGGGUGUUGCUGCAACUUUCAAUAACCAUGUCCACGGGGUUUUCAGUGGUUACAAUGCUACACGGAGGAGUUUAUCCAGAAAGACGAAAAGCUUAGGUCCAUGCAAAGCCACAAAUCCGAUUGAUAGCUGCUGGAGAUGUGAUCCUAAUUGGGAAAAGAAUCGCAAGAAGCUAGCAGAUUGUGCUCUAGGUUUUGGUCACGGCACGACGGGAGGCAAAGAUGGUAAAAUCUAUGUUGUCACAGAUCCAUCCGACAACGACCUUGUUAACCCGAAACCAGGGACAUUGCGACACGCAGCCAUUCAAAGAGAGCCUUUAUGGAUCAUUUUUAAACAGAGCAUGACCAUCAGAUUGAAAGCGGAGCUUCUACUAACAGAUCACAAGACAAUAGAUGCACGUGGUGCAAAUGUUCAUAUUAGUGGAGGUGCUCAAAUAACAAUGCAAUAUGUGAAAAAUAUCAUCAUUCAUGGGUUACACGUCCAUGAUAUUAAACCAGUUAGUGGUGGACUGAUGAGAGACUCGAUGAGUCACUUUGGACAACGUUCGACGAGUGAUGGUGAUGGAAUAUCAGUGUUUGGAUCUAGUCAUAUUUGGAUAGAUCACAUUUCAAUGUGGAAUUGUUUUGAUGGUUUGAUUGAUGUCGUAGCGGGAUCAACCGCUAUAACCAUUUCCAACUGUCAUAUGACACGUCAAGACCAUGUUAUGUUAUUUGGAGCAAGUGAUCUGUUCUCGGGAGAUAAAAUAAUGCAAAUAACAGUAGCUUUCAAUCAUUUUGGGAAAGGAUUGAUACAGAGAAUGCCGAGGUGCAGAUGGGGUUUCUUUCAUAUUGUUAACAAUGACUAUACUCAUUGGCUUAUGUAUGCGGUUGGUGGUAGCACACAUCCCACUAUACUGAGCCAGGGUAACAGGUUUAUUGCUCCUGUAGACCGAAAUGCAAAAGAGGUGACAAAGAGGGAUUAUUCACCUGAAAGUGUGUGGAAGAAUUGGAAUUGGAUAUCAGAGAACGACUUGAUGAUGAAUGGAGCGUUUUUUAAACAGUCUGGGAAAAAGGUUGCAAUGCCGAAUGAUAAUAUCCCGGCAAAGCAUGGGAGUUUUGCAGCAGAAAUUACUAAAUAUGCAGGUUCUGUAAAAUGUGUACCAAACAACCCAUGUUGA